CUCUUUUAGACAAGUGUAGACUGAGAGAAACGUAACAAAGGGAUGUGUAGCUCAUGUGUUGAUGAGCGGAUCGUGAUCUCUUGACUCUUGGAAGGGUUUCAGGUGUUCUGCUGCCUCCCCGUUUGCCACAAAUAUGGAUCUGGUCACACCAACCGCAUAUGAUUACUGGAUCUUUGACUAUGAAGACAGUUACACCUCGUCCCCUGAAACGAGCAAGACGCGCGCGGCCCCGUGCUCGCAGGAGGACAUCUACGGCUUUGCAAAGCUGUACUCCCCUGUCGUGUACACGCUGGUGUUCCUCCUGGCUGUUGUGGGCAACGUGCUGGUGCUCUGCGUGAUCCGACGCUACCGAAACUCUCAGACUGGCGGCGCAUGCGCCUUCUCUCUGACCGACACCUUCCUCCUUCACCUGGCCAUUUCCGACCUGCUGCUGGCCUUCACCCUGCCCCUGUUUGCCGUGCAGUGGGCCCACCAGUGGGUGUUCGGUUUGUCAGUUUGCAAGAUCUCCGGUGCCCUAUUCUCCCUCAACCGCUACAGUGGCAUCCUCUUCCUGGCCUGCAUCAGCUUCGACCGGUACCUGGCCAUCGUUCACGCAGUCAGCUCCGGCUGGAAGCGCAACACGUGCCAUGCCCAAAUUGCAUGCGCCGUCAUCUGGGUGGGCUGCCUGGGCCUGAGCGGGGUGGACAUUACUUUCAAACAGGUCGUGGGUGUGAACACGGUUGGCCAGCAGAGGACGCUGCUGUGCCAGGUGUGGUUCCCCGAUAACUCACAGUGGCAGGUGGGGCUGCAGCUGCUCAGCGUGGUUCUAGGUUUUGGGCUCCCUUUGUUGAUCAUGCUCUACUGCUACAUCCGCAUCUUCAGGUCUCUGUGCAAUGCCACUCGCCGCCAGAAGCGCAAGUCCCUCCGCCUCAUCGUCUCCCUGGUGUCUGUGUUUGUCGUCUGCUGGGCACCGUACAACUGCUUCCAGCUGGCAGAUAGUCUGCACAGGUUGGGGGCCGUGACAGGGGGAUGCCAGUUCGGCCGUGUGGUGGACAUUGGGACUCUGAUCACUGAAAGCCUGGGGCUGACGCACUGCGCCCUGAACCCUCUGCUGUACGGCUUUGUGGGGGUGAAGUUCAGGAGGGAGCUGGCAAGAAUGUGCAAGGGGAUGCUGGGACCGAGAGGCUUGCUGGGGAUGAAGGGAUGGAGGCAAAGGAGGCUCAGAAGACCGACGGGCUCCUUCAGUUCUGCAGAAAGUGAAAACACCUCCUUCUCUGUCAUGGUGUGACACUGGUUAGGGACACAAGAAUAAAGAGGGAUUGUGUGUGACAGUGGGAGAUUUGAUGUGAGAGAAAAGUAGAGGGAAAAUUUGUGAAUUCAGAAUGGAAGGACUGAAUGAAAAAGACAGAGAGUCUGUUUAAAAUGUUCUCAUAGGGUAAAGUUCUCCGCCCAUUUCUGCCAUCUUGAUUUCUGUGAUGUAUAUCUUUGCCAGGGCUGUUGGUGUCGUGCAGCUGACUGCAUGUUGUUUUGUUGCUGCUCUUGUUUUUAGAAGGAUACUGUUGUAAAAUUACGACGUGAGAGCAAAUCAGACCGACACCUCCCACAUGCUGAUGCUGUCACGUAACCUUUAUCAAUUUUUUGUGUACAUGCGUCAAAUCUGUUGAAACAUGUAUUUCUUCAUACUCACAUAAAAACGCUUGUUCAGCGCUUCAGAUGUAGCCUGCAGCUUCAGUAGUCAGACUCGAAUGUCACAUCCUCCCACUCAACAGAUUUCUUUUUCUUAUCGGAUUCCACUCUCAAAUGGUUUGCAGCUGAUAAACCACAGUGAAAUUUGUUGUGUAUGUUGAAAAGUUUUGUGUUGAGAUUCCAGUUGUUAAUGUUCCACUAUUUUCUACUCUUACAGCUGUUCUCUCAGCCAUGUAAGAUAAUUACUCUGUGCUCCGAAAGAAGAAAUUAUCUUCUCUAAAUUUUCUAUGUGUGCUGUUUAAAACCCAACUUCUUUAUGGGAUAUACAAAGAUUUGUUUAAUAAAUAUUUUGGGAUAAGUGUC